GUCUCGAGACCAACUCUCGCUGGCAUCGCAGAUCGCGUGUUUAUAAGCUGGUUCGUAGCUGCCUGUUCCUGAAGUUUCUGUGUGUUUGUGUUGUUGAGGCUUCUGGCUUGGAAAUGAGACCAAAUUCUUCCUGUUCUUGUUCUUCAUCUGCUUCGUUAUGUCCUCGGCAUCCGACAGCGGUCUCGAAUCAGGGCGCUCUGGGGAGCAGCAAGAUCCUGAAAAGCGGGAGCCCUCCCCGCCACCGCGGUCUCCACCGCUACUCAUGGAUCUUGACAGCGGCUUAGUUGGAUGGGAAAGCCCCGACGACCCGCUCAAUCCCAAAAACUGGCCUUUAUCAAGAAAAUGGAAAACAAUGAUCCUAAUCAUCGUCUCCUGCUUCAUGCUGCCGAUGACCUCAACCAUGUUUGCCCCCGGCGUCGGUGAUGUCAUUGCUGAGUUUGGCGAGACCAGUUCUUUACGGCAGACGCUUUUGAUUUCUAUCUACGUGCUUGGGUUCGGAUGGGGUCCGAUGAUGCUUCAUGCGCCGCUAAGUGAGCUCUAUGGACGCAAAUACGUCAUUCUAGCUUCUAAUUUCUGCUUUUCAAUGUUUAAUCUCGGCUGCUCGCUCAGUAGAACUAGCAGUGCAUUUCUUGCGUGCAGAUUCAUGGGCGGGUUUCUGGGUUCGGCUGGCAUGGUUGUUGGAGGAGGUGCUAUUUCUGAUAUGUUCCAAAGAGAGAAGAUUGGAAAGGUUUCAUCUGCAUUUGCACUAGGACCGCUUAUGGGUCCCAACCUGGGCCCAAUAAUAGGAGGCUUCAUGACCGAGAACGUCGGCUGGCGCUGGUGUUUCCGGCUGCUGCUCAUACUUGGCGUGGCCGUAUCCUUGCUGUUUUUCGUCCUCGCCGAGGAGUCGAACCCUUCGGUUCUGCUACACUAUAAGACUAAAAAACUGAGAAAGCAACUGCAAAGACCAGAGCUGAUCUCGGUAUAUGAAAUCAACAACAAGCGGACGCAUCGCCAGGUGUUUUGGUUUGGCAUUUCAAGACCGCUCGCGCUGCUUUGUACCUGUCCUAGCGUUACCUUUCUGGGCUUGUACACUGCCAUCGCGUUCUCAUUUCUAUACAUCUUUCUUACGACAGUUCCCCGAAUCUACCAUGACCUAUACGGCUUCAGUCCUGGUAUCGUCGGUCUGUGCUAUCUAGGCAUGGGAGCCGGCCAACUCGCCGGCAUCCUCACUGUCGGCAACACAAACGACAAACUAGUAAACUACCUCACGAAAAAGAACGGCGGCAAGCGGGAACCCGAAUUUCGCCUUCGCCCGCUUUUUCUCUCCUGCAUUCUCCUCCCCGUCUCGAUGUUUUGGUACGGAUGGGCGGUCGAGUACAGAGUCCACUGGUUUGCAGUCGUAGCGUCGAUGUUCCCGCUCGGCCUCGGUAUGGUCGCGAGUAUGAUCCCGAUCCAGACCUAUCUGAUCGAGGCAUAUGCGCCAUUCGGUCUAGCUGCGAGUGCUACGGCUGCGGGAAACUGCUUCAGAAUGACCGCAGGUGCGUUCUUCCCUUUGGUUUCGGCUCCGCUGUUUAACUCGCUCGGCCAUGGAUGGGGCUGCUCGUUGCUGGGAUUUUUGGCGUUGGGCUUAUGUGGUGCUAUGGCUAUCGGGUUUGUAUAUUUUGGAAAACGGUUACGAGAACGGUUUCCGCCUCGCUUGUGAGAGAUUAAUUAAUUUCUUAAACUACUAUAC